GAGCUUGCGAUCCUGAGGGUAGCGUACACUUUUGCACAGUCCAUGGGAAUCAACCUUGAUUGCACACACUGGAACAUCUCUGUUUGGGAAAAAAAAAUCAGAAGGCGUCUUUGGUGGUCACUCUAUAUUCAGGAGAAAUGGUUCUCAUUUUCUCUUGGCCGCAAAAGUCAUAUUUCGAGAACAGACUGGAAUGUGUGCCCACUCACGGAUUUCGACUUUGAAAAUGAGUCUUUGUAUGGGAACAGCGAACAAAGACGCCAUAGUAGCAAAUUGUUUUGCUUGAUGGCGGAACUGACAAAACUCAUAGACGACUACGUUAGUGAAGCUGACCAGAAUGUUUCUCUCGAAUCAGUGUAUAAAAAAGCCGAUGUUCAUUUGCAAUUAAUUUCAGAAUUCGAAACCAGACACUUCGAUUAUUUCAAAUUGGAAAGCAGUGUAUAUCCUGACUCCCCAGUUGCUGCAUUAGUGAUAGCUAGUGUUACUGCCAAGGCGACACUAUAUAAAUCAGUGCUUCAUCGAAUUUUGUUAUGGGAGCAGGAGAACCCACCAACUACAAAUGACGUCGGCAAACACCAAUCGAUAUCAGAGGAGGCCAAACAACGGAGCAUUUUGCUAUGUGCAGAGAUAUUGGAUAUACUUGGACGGCUCCGGGCAUAUCAUUUUGACUCGUUUUGGUAUUCGUGGGCUAGAUUUAACUUUGCUACUAUUUCGAGCUUUUUUUUGCUCUUGAAUCAGAUGGCCUUCAAACAACAGGAGGAAGAAACAAUCAAGUCGCAUAUCACCAAACUUCAAUUUUUCAUUCAAUCUAGGUUACCAAUCUUUAGCCACCUGACUCUAGCAUCCCAGAUUUUGGACUUAAAUGGAAAGUGAUCCAGGAAUGAAUAAUGUUGACCAGAAAGCGACUUAACAUUUACAACACCCGUGUGAAGAGGAAGCUAUACUAAUUAUCCUGAUAGAGGAAUCGUACAUAAAUCCUUAUCUUGAUUAAUGCCAAAUCUGAAAACUCCGAAGCCCUUCCGCAUUCGGGAAUUUCUUGAUUCGGUACUUGGCGAGAAUAAAUAUGCUAACACCUAGGAUAAUAUUUACCACCAUAUUAUGUAUCCGGACACUUUUGAAGGAUUUGCUGUGACAGACACUUCGAGAUGGUCCACAGUGUCCAAGAUUGAGUUCAAGCCCAAGCCAUUUGAGGAAUACGAUGUUGACAUCCGCAUUCUAGCCUGCGGAGUCUGCGGGUCAGAUGUUCAUACAGUCAAAGGGGGCUGGAGUCAACCUAUGCUGCCAGUAAUUCCCGGUCAUGAAAUCAUCGGUGAAGUUAUAAAGGUUGGAGAUAAGGUCAGCACUGUCAAUGUUGGAGAUCGAGUUGGUGUUGGUGCUCAAAUCUAUUCCUGCCUCGAUUGCGAGACGUGCAAGGAAGAUCACGAGAAUUACUGCACAAAGAGAGUCAGUACUUACAACUCCUUAUAUGCAGAUGGAUCGAUGUCCUAUGGAGGCUACUCCUCGCACAUUCGUGCCCAUGAGUACUUUGUUUUCCCAAUUCCAGAUGGCUUGAAAACGGAAGAUGCCGCACCUAUGCUUUGUGCAGGCAUCACUACGUACGCUCCUCUUGUCGAAAAUGGAUGUGGCCCUGGAAAAAAAGUAGGAAUUGUUGGAAUUGGCGGACUGGGUCAUUUCGCGAUUAUGUUUGCAAAAGCUCUGGGAGCCGAGGUGUACACAUUUUCGCGUACGAGCAAGAAAUCAAAAGACGCAAAAAAGCUGGGAAGCGAUUACUAUAUUGCUACUUAUGAGGAGAAGGACUGGGCAGAAAGGUAUGCAAAGAAACUCGACCUAAUUGUUUCUUGCGGCAACUCAGCUCAGAACUUUGAUCUGGCUGGUUAUCUAUCUUGUCUGAAAGUUCAUGGAAAAAUGAUUUCUGUUGGGCUGCCUGAGGAGCCAUUCACUGUCAGUGCAAUGCCGUUCAUGAGAGGAGGGGUAUUUUUUGGCUCUUCUCACUUAGGAAACAGACCGCAAAUGCUCGACAUGCUUAAGCUUGCCGCUGAAAAAAACCUCACUGCAUGGACGGAACGCCUGCCGAUUUCCGAGAGUGGUAUCAAAGAAGCUCUUGAGAGAUGUCAUGCAGGAGAUGUUAGAUACAGAUUUGUUCUGACUGAUUAUGACAAGUUCAAAGUGUAAGGUCUGCAAAUUAUAUAAAAUAAUCUAAAGUUUUGGUGACCUUGAGAAAGAGUCUCCAAAUCUGAGGUCUAUCUCCGUGGAGAGCUCCUGCUGGUUGUAAUUCCUUUUUGUGGCCAAACCUUCUCUUAGUCCGUUGGGAUCCUUCUCGGUUCCUGAAAGGGAUCUCCACUUAAACAGUCUAGUGUAAAAGUUUUCACGGCCCUCGAUUUUAUCGACCAAGAAUUGUCCUAAAACCGGCAGCAUCUUGAACGCGUGACCUGACCCACCACAGGCAACAAAAAGGCCCUUCUUUCCCGGGACAAAGUCAUAAAUGUAAUCGUUGUCUAUAGUAUCCGUAUACCAAAGCAAUCUGCUCUCAUAUUGUAAUUUUGCCUCAUACAAGUCAGGGAAAAACAGCUUGAGCCAUUCGUCAACUUGGCGGAUUAUGUGACGCGUAAGCAUUUUGGUGGGAGGAUUGCUAUUGGAGGUCUUAGGAAUUGACACAACUCUGCCAUUCUCCAACUUAACAGGGUUGGUGUACUUGGUCUGUCUAACAAUCAUUUUCAUGUACCCUUCUGGCUCCAUCAUUGGGAACAUAAACAUACCUCCCAUAUAUUCUUUUUCUCUUGAAUGACCAGUUUUCCAGCCAACCAUAGGGAACACCUUGCUGUUGUAUUUGGCCCUGAGAUCAGCUCGAUCGUCAGGGAUCUUGAAGAUGAUGAUAUUACCUGAGGCAGCCUCGUUCAUGCCGUCAAGCUCUGGGACAAGCAAAGUAGACCAUGGACCACAGUUAAUUACAGUCAAGUCAGCAUAGUGCUUUUUCCCGUCGUUGGUAAUGAUUCCACCGUGAACAGUUUUUUCGUCGUCCUUGUAGAUGUAUUCCUUGAAGGUACCAGCCUUCUCUCCAAAGACAAAUUUAACACCUAGCUGGGUGCAUAAGUAUUUGGCAUACUGACAAGCUCUCGAGGCAUAUAAAAUGCCAGAGGUGGUAUCCAGUGCACCUUUCAGACUUGGAACUUUUUCUUUCAAAUCAAGGGCAAAUUUCACCUUUGAUCCAAAUCCUGCAGCAUUGGCUCUUUUCACAUCUACAGGAUUGUUGAUGUCGUAUCUAAGAGGAGCAAUCUGUUCCUUUUCAAAGUUUGCUCUGCUUGCCUUUUCUUCCCAGCCAACAAUAUCAUCAAGUCUCAACAUACCGCAUAGAUCGAGAAUUUGAAGAUCGGUAUACUUCUUUGCUUCUUCAGGAGGAAUGAAUCUGAUUUCGUUGUUCCAUUUCUGCCAAAUCUCGAACGCCUGGAACGCAAGGUCCUGGUAAUGUUUCUUUUCAGCAUACUGAGCUCUAAAGACCUUGUUGAUGUCUGCCGAGGCAGUAUCAGCUCCUUUAAGCAAAGUGUAGGAGUUGUCGUCGAAAUCCAGUCUAUCGAAGACCGUGAUGUUUUUGUAUCCAUUGUUGGCAAGAUGAAGCGCAUUGGAGAGACCAAACACACCAGCGCCAACAAUUAUGAUUGGGGAGUCUUUUUCAACCAUUAUUGCGUUUGUAUAUUUCUUGCAAAUGUGCGCACC